UUUAUUGGAUCAUAUCAAAGUCAGCUAACCUGUAUAAAUACUGAGUGACAAGCUCAAUCGGUCUCACAGACAUCACAGAUCAGGAUCACUGAGAAGUCCUCUGUCUAAUCAUCAUGAAGGUCUUUGCAGUAAUUCUUGCUCUGGCAGUCAUCUCAGGCUGCCAUGCCAAAAGCAUUGUUCAAGACGAGUGGAUGAGCUCCUGGGAGGACGCGGUCGACAAGUUCAAGGAUUAUUUCACAGAAUUGAACUCAAAGACCGAUGACCUGGUCCAGAACUUCAGGAGCACCCACAUCAGCAGAGAACUGGACACCCUUAUCCAGGACAGCAUGUCAGAGCUGGCCAUGUACAAGGACGACGUGCAGUCUAAGCUGGCCCCCCUUGCUCAGGAAUCCGCAGACCGUCUGGGCAAAGACCUGCAGAAAAUGGGUGACAGUCUCCGCGACCACAUGAGAGAUGCCAAGGACCAGAUGCAGACGUAUGGCGAGGAGCUGCAGACCAUGAUGGAGCAGAAUGUUGAUGACGUCAGGACAAGAGUCAGCGCCUACACCCGCAAGAUGAAGAAACGCCUCAACAAGGACACUGCAGAGAUCAAGAGACAAGUCGCUGAAUACACUGAGGAACUUCAGUCCCGCACCUCCGAAAACAUGGAGGAGAUGAAGACACGUCUCGACCCAUACUUCGCUCAGGUCCGUGACAACGCUCAGGCCAAGAUCACAACCCUGAACGGCAUGCUGAAGACACAGGUGGAGAACAUCAAGGAGAAGAUUGAGUCAAAGACCGAGGACAUCAAGGAGGGCUUGGAGGAAGCCACCGAGGGCCUGCGCUCCACCAUGGAGGAGAAGAUGGAAGAGCUUCGCAUCUUUUUUCAGCCUCUGACCUCCAUGUUCAGUGACAACUGAAAACAGUGUCUGGACUGUCUGCUUAUCCCUCCCUCCUUCCCUCCCUCCAGCUUAUCCAUUCUGUAUCCAUCAAGCUUGAUUGUAAAGAGUUUUCAAAAGGUUCAUGAAUAAAGAUGCUCAGCUAUGCAAAAAA